CACCCCUCCCAUCCACAAAUCAUUCAUAUCUCUCAUCCUUCCGUCAAGGUGUGAGUUUCAAUUUUUUUUUUCCCCUCCCACUCUUCCUCCCGUCUAAAUCCUCCAUAUCGAGAUCAAAAUUUCAGGGCAACGACCUGCACCGUUCCCUGUCAUUCUUGAUCAUCGCCAGCGGUACCGUCACAAGGCCGCUCCUCUCAAUCUUCAAUCUAUCUACUCACACUUCGCUCCCUGUUCCAAACCUCUUCGAUCUGGCUGAGUUCUCCGCCUUCUACUGACUUGCGACCAACACGGUGGGUUGGUUCCCUGACCGCUUCACUCUUUCGUUUGCUUGGAGGCAGAGGAGAGCCGGAAAAAAACGUCAUAAGGCCUUCUCGCGACUUAGUCCGCGACCCGGUCUCCACGACCACCCCUCAUUCUCACCCUCUCGAGGGAAAUUCCCUUCGAGUGCUUUGCAACUCCUAAUGACCGCAUGUCCUCACAACCAUAAUCAUGGGGAGAAUUAAAAAGGUCGCCAGCCAAAAACAUGAAGCCACGAUCUCGCCAUACCUAGCGGAAUUCAUCAAUCGUGCUACGACUAUCUCGGUCCCCGAGCUCCCUUCACAUCUUAACAGCUUCUCUCGCCUAUGGCCCUUCCCCAGAGGCGACCUGUACCAUUGGAUCAACGUUCUCAACCGAUUCGAUGAGAUUCUUGCAUCCGUGAUUGAAACCUAUGCCCUGAACCAAGGCCCGCAAACCAGAUCCUUCAGCAGAGAUUUCUUGGCGAAAUGUUAUACUACCGAUGACAAUUCCGAAGCUCCAGAGGAUGUCAAUGCCCGGCUUGAGGCUUUACAGUACGGCCCCGAAGGAGACAGGGAGUUGCUGGAGGUGAUCAUCGACUUUUCUCGCCUUUUGCUGGAAAAGUGCGGUAACCGCAGUCUGUAUGGAAGCAGUGAACGUCUUGGUGACCUACUCAACACGACGUCGCCUUCGCUCCUCCAGUCAAGUUUACGUCUGUCACUUUGCCUGGCACAAAGGUAUCACUCACGCCAUCGGGGUGGCUCUCAUCUCCAGCAGAGCUUACUAGCAGCCCACUACAACAUUGACUUGGAGAAACUGCAAAAAAUCGCCGCGCCGUUCCCUCGCCCUCUCGGCUCAAACAACAGGACUGGUGUGUCGCCUGUUGCUGGUCUAAAGGUGAAGGAGCCUCUGACCAAACACAACGCUAACGAUCUCAUCACCUUGACUCGAGAGAACGAUAGCUGGGAUGAGUGGGGACACGUUCGUUUGCUGUAUUACCCACCCGGAACAUCGGAUUCAGCAAAGGCGCUAUUUGAUGCUGGUAAUAACGGCCCUUCGGUACAGCCCCCUACUACUCCAACACCUCUGCGCAGAAGUCAUACCCAUCCAACUCCGCGUUUAAGUCGCCUAUCCACAACGGAAGACUCACCUAGUUCCGUGAUUGCCACGCCCCUCGCAAAGUCGGACGAAGGAUUACGAGGCGGGACGACCUUGGAAAUCCCAUACUCGAAGAUCUCAUCGAUCAAGGCCGAAGAUCUUGUCGCCGCACAUAUUGGAGAAGUUCCAGAUGAUUCUAAGUAUGAACUCCUGCACAGGAUCCGCACUGCGCAGGGUUUGGCAGCGUCCCGGGAAAGUAGGGAGCAGGUUCUGGCUAUCCGAAUCCUUGCUCUCACCAAUCUGGCAUACGUUUACCCUGAGCCGCUCUUCCAACAAAAGAUACUUCAGUAUGAUAUGGAACAACCCAAGCGCCUCCAGCUCGCUUUUCAACUGGCCGAACUUGUUCAUCUUGGUGCGAGUGGCGAUCUCCAGGUCUCGCGGACUGUGCAGACACUGGCCCUUCAGGCUCUCGACGCUCUUGCGAAACACAAGGCUCGUGCCAUCGAUGUCUGUGCCGCCUUAAGUGUGAACGUGAACCAUGGUGUCUUGAUGUUCCUCACCCGAAAGGUAGUCAAUGAGCUUGGGUCCGAGGAUGGCGAACAAGAUGACGGUAAUCAGGAUGAAUGGCGCGAUGCUUUGCUUGCCUUGCUGCGGACUCUGCCCGGCUCAAGCACUAGGACUCCAGAGACCCUUGUUUCCGCCGGACUCAUACCAAUGUUCGUGGAUGUCUUGAAGCUACGAACCGAGAAGGCUCGUCGAGUAUACUCCCGAGUAAUGGAAUUUUUGGACACGUUCGUCCACGCAGUUCGUGAUGCACUUGGUACUCUUACUAGUUCCAAAGGAUUCGAUGCAAUCUCAGACUUGAUCGAUCAUGAAACCAAAUCUUCAUUCGAGCAUGUAAAACGAGGAGCAGGCCUUCCUUCACAACACAAGACACCUUCUAUCGAUUAUCAGAUCCCUUAUUUCCAGCAGCAAACCCUUCGCUGGAUGUUUCGGUUCGUCAACCAUAUUAUGCAGCACAAUGGCGGUGGCUUCGAUCGUGUCCUCCGGAAUCUGAUCGACUCGCCUCAGUUGCUGACAUCCUUGCGGCUUGUGCUCGAGAAUGCUCGCGUGUUCGGCUCUCAUGUCUGGAGUAAUGCAGUCAAUAUACUAAGCAGCUUCAUUCAUAACGAGCCCACCAGCUAUGCAGUCAUUGCGGAGGCUGGACUCAGUAAAAGUCUGCUGGAAGCUGUCACCUUCUCCGAGCUGAAGGUUUCUGAAAAACCAGCAGCCGAGGCGGAGGAUGUUCCCACAGAUAUGGGACCAUCAACGACGCCAAGCAUGGGAAACUCUGAAUCCACCGCGAAUAAGGAUAAAGCUCCUCGCGUCUAUAGGGUUGCACGAUCGAAAAAUGCACGGCUGGCUCCUGGGAUUAUGUCGGCUGCAGAAGCUCUUUCAUGUGUACCUUCGGCAUUCGGAGCCAUCUGCCUUAAUUCAUCAGGAUUGGACUUGUUCCAGUCUUCUCACGCCUUAGAAAGUUUCUUUGAGAUCUUUGAGAACCCGGAGCAUGUAAGGUGCUUGAAAGACGAUCCUAAUCUGGUGCGCUCCCUGGGUACCACCUUCGACGAACUCGUGCGACACCAUCCCGCGUUGAAAGCCCAUGUCAUGACAGCGGUCAUUGUCAUGGUCGCGCGUGUUGGGCUGUUAUGCAAAAGCAAAGCUUGGUCGCAUGGUUUGGGAGCGAAACUAUGGACAGAAGAUAAGUCGGGCAAACCAAUUCUUGCGGGCUCGACUUCUCAUUUGUUCAAUGCCAUCGGAGUUGAGAGCCAGGAUUCUUCUGGCUCUCAGACGUCACUUGGGGUUCCGUUCUUGAACUCUGACUCGCUCCCAAACGGCGGAAAGCUACAAAUAGGUGAUCUGAGUGAAAUCCUGCCCUCUCCGGAGAAUGAAAUUGAGCCCAAGGAUGUAGAUGACACAGGUCUCACGGCUACAGACUAUCUCUACCCUGUUGUUCGGUUCUUGGGGGCCUUCUUUGAGAACCAGGCCAACUGCACGUAUUUCAUCGAGUCCGGUGCCGCUGAGUUCAUUCUCGACUUUGCGACUCUGCAGAGCCUUCCUUUUGAUUUCCAUAACACGGAAGCGAAUCAAGAGCUUGCCGUCCUAGUGCACAUGUUAGCAGAAACUAAACCUCAUGUGAUCGUGCCGUCUCUUCUGCAGCGGACUGAGCGAGCCGUCGAUAUGCUCUCUGAAUUCUGGCAGAAACCUGACGAUCUACAAAAUGGUUUCUUUGGUCCCUUGAUCAAGCAGUCGUCCCAGUCUGAGUCGGAGGAGAAAGUAAAAGAGAUGCUUCCUUCUGCCAUGACAAGUGGAACUUAUCUUGCAAAGCAUAUGGGAGCCGUACUUGUCUUGACGGAUUUCUUGCGCGAGAUUUUCUCUAUGCCCCUCUAUCAGUCUCGACCAAGCCUACAGCUUCCCAUAUUCGUUCAAGUGAAUCUGGCUGACCAUUACUGCUCGCUUGUAAAGAAGUUGGGAGGCUUGCAUGCGGCUUGUGUCUGGGAGGAGAUUUCGCUUGAGAAGAACAUACCUGAUACCUGGGAUCAGGCAACGAAAGUGCAGCAGUCCGGUGCUACUCCCGAAAAGCCUGUUGAUACCCAGGUGCAGCCGAUCCUUGAAGCUGGUGUUCCUGACCAUAGCGGGGAAGCUCAACGCGAGAGUUCAGCAGCUAGUAAUGCCGCUCAAGCAAGUGCCACACAAGAGAAGUCGAAUCUACCCAAGGUACCUGAAAAUGAGAUGGCUUUCAAGAACGCAAGAGCUCUUCGAUACCUGCUGAGUUCAUUGCCUUCAUCUAUCACGGGAUUCUUCCACAAUCUGGGUCUUGGUUUGAGCGGAAAGAAGAGAUAUGAACCUUAUCAGAAACAAAAUGCAACCUUGGUGGCUGAAGAGAUCGCGCAGGCUGUGCUGGGGCAGUUGCAAUUCCAGCCUCCAAGAUCAAGUCAAAGCUCAAAACUACGUUUUGCCUACCUCAUCGUCAUUUUAUCUGCUUUCUCACAUUUGCUUUUCGAAGUCACACCAGAUCGUCCACACGCACACUAUUUGACAAUGGUACUGUUUGCGUUCAAGAGACUUCAUGGCUUGAAAGUGAUGAAGGAUAUCUGUGACCUUUUUGUACAGGAGGUAAAGGCCCUCACGCCACCAGAGAACGUUCCAGAGUCUGAACCAGAUGUCUCUGCGAGAAUUACUUCCGCAUACGGUGGCAUCAAGAUUAUUCUCGGCUUUUUCUCGGAGCUCGCCUCGGGCAAGAACAUAAUGGAGUCAAGCCAGACACAGUCGAUGACAACAAGUGGUGAUCGGGACCGGGACCGACCGGAUUACUUCCAACCUGCUCAGUUCCUGGUCGACCUCCGGAUGGAAAUCCUGCCGAUGGCCCGCGAGAUGUGGAAUUCAGACUUCGCAACUCAAUCGUCUAGUUCUGUGGUCAAGUGUCUUAUCGACAUCUUGCGCUCUUCACUCGAUGGAGACCAUGAAUCUGGAGCUGCUCGGCAGUCUGAUACACCUCCUGCCUUGGUAGAUGUAACACGACGAGCAUUUGUCAUAAACAAGGAUCGCUUCAAUGUCCAUCUGGAGAAGGGCUUCGAUAGUGAUCUUCUGAAGGAAGCGAUGUACCGAUGCUACAAUAACGGUACUGCCGAAGAGUACUGCAGAGCGCAAACCUGGUUGCGGGCCCCGGCGAGAGCACCGCCGCCCCCGGACGAUAUUGAAUCUAUCCGUUCCUUCACAUCCCUUGGCGGUGAUCCAGCCGAAGACGCUGCGGGUGAUCCGUUCAGCAGCGCUCCCCUUGAGAAUACCUUGUCCCUGCUUUUGUCCCGGGCUACGGGUCGACCCACUGGAGACGGCUCACGUCCAGAGCAGACUCGAGGCAGAAACGAUGAGAGCGAAGGGACGGAUAUCCUGGCCAGAGCACUAACCCAUAUUCUCAACGAUGAACACGGAGCAGGGGACGAUGCGCGGGGCCAAUCAUCUAGCACAAUCCCACGCAACACUUCGGCUUCCCAAGGCAUUCUUUCUGGACCCUUGAAUCAAGCUGCCAAUCAGUCAUCUGAACCACAUUCAGAACAACCGACAAAGCGUCGCGAAGUGAUCACAAUUGAAGAGCUGGAUAAAGAACGAGAGAAGGUACGCUCAAAUCUGAUCGAACGUUGUUUGGACGUCUUGAACGAGCACCAUGAUGUGUCUUUUGAAUUGGCUGAUCUCAUCGCUUCUGCUACGCGAAAACACCGCGAUCCCGAAAGUUUCCGCAAAGAAGUUGGCGAGAUCCUGGUCCAGUCGCUCGUCUCACUACAAAUGGAGAAUUUCCAGGCAGCUGGUAAGAAGGUGGCUGCGUAUGCCCAUUUUCUCGCUCUAGUUGUGCAAGACCGGGAAAUGUACACUGCUGCGCUAGCAGAGCUUAAAGAAUGCUUUUCGACCUUCCUUGGGUUUAUCCAAGUGACUCCGGAGAAGACCACGGAUGAAUCGUUUCCCUGGAUUGGACAUGUGUUGCUUGUCUUGGAAAAAUUGCUUUCAGAUGAUGCCCAACCGCCUCAGAUCCGCUGGGCCCCACCUGGCAAUGAUGCAAAUGCAGACGAUGAAGAGCCGGCUCAAUUGGAGGAACCGCUUGUUGCACCUGAGCAGAAGAUGCAGUUGUUCGAGGCACUAGUCGAAGUCCUGCCUAGGGUUGGAAAAGAUGAUACUCUGGCUCUUUCAAUCUGUCGGAUCCUCGCGAUUCUCACGCGCAACCGCGAAAUUGCUACUCGCCUAGGUGAAAAGCGCAGCCUACAGCGUCUGUUUGUUAUGGUCAAACAGUUGUCUAGUGCCACAAAUGACAAGCUGCAGGCAGCUUUCAUGUUGAUCCUGAGACAUAUUGUUGAAGAUGAGGACACGAUUCGUCAGAUCAUGAGAAGUGAGAUUGUUGCCAACUUCGAAAGCAAGUCUACUCGCCAAAUUGACACCACCGGCUAUGUACGUCAAAUGUACCAUCUUGUGUUGAGAUCGCCUGAGAUAUUCGUGGAGGUUACGAACGAUAAGCUCAAGCUGCAGAGGUUUGAUAAUCGACAACGUCCCCAGGUCCUAGUCCUGAAAUCCGAUAAGAAUAAAACCUCACAAAGCUCCUCCACAGCUAAGCAAGGAAAUGACAAGUCGAGCAACGGUGAAGCUCGGUCUCUUGACUUGUCAACUGUUGAGGGCAAAGAGAAACCAAAGGGUAUAGCUGAACUCAAGCCACCCGUGGUAGAAAACCCGGAUGGCGUUAUACACUAUCUUCUCUCUGAGCUUUUGUCUUACAAGGAUGUUGAUGACAAAGAACCCCCUGUCGAACCCGCAGACCCAGCCGCUCUCGAUCAGUCAGAGACUCAAACUGAUGUCGAUAUGUCCGUUGACGAACCACUGCCAUCGGUCACUAGUAAUGAUGCACAAGGCCCACGAAGCUCUAAGAAAUCUGACAAACCUGCGUUCAAGGCUGAUGAUCACCCGAUCUACAUCUAUCGCUGCUUCCUACUGCAAUGUCUCACAGAGCUUUUGUCGUCAUACAAUAGAACCAAGGUCGAGUUUAUCAAUUUCUCACGCAAAGCGGACCCUCUCGCAACCACCCCUUCAAAGCCUCGCUCCGGAAUCCUGAACUACCUGCUGAACGUCCUUGUGCCUGUCGGAACCAUGGAGCACGAUGAGUCUGUUGCGUUCAAGAAGCGCAGUAACACAUCUGCUUGGACUAUGCGUGUGCUCGUCGCUCUUUGCGCGAAAACUGGUGAGAUUGGUGGGCCCCCUAGGCGUCGCAAUGAGCCCAACUACAACGAAGACGAUGAGCCUGAACUCGUUUUUGUACGACGGUUCGUUCUAGAACAUGCUCUAAGAUGUUACAAGGAGGCGAAUUCCUCGAGUGAGCCUCUGGAUGCCAAGUAUGCCAGGCUGAUGUCUCUGGCGGAUCUUUUCGACAAGAUGCUCAGUGGGUACACAUACGGCUCGAAUGACUCGUCUUUUCCAGCGUCUGCUUCGCAGCUAGGAAAGACCAUGUUCGAGAAACACUUCCUUUCUGCCCUUACUGCCUCGGUGGCCGAGAUCGAUCUCAAUUUCCCGGCUUCUAAACGGGUCAUUAAGUAUAUCCUUCGGCCCAUCAAUAAGCUGACUCAGACGGCCCUCAUUUUGAGUGAGAAUUCAGAUUUGUCUACCUUAGGUGAGACCGAGGACGACGAGAUCUCCUCGGCCACAUCGGUUUCGGAUAUGGAGGACGACCGUGAAGAGACUCCUGACCUGUUCCGCCAUUCUACAUUAGGAAUGUUGGAGCCUCGUCAUGAGGAGGAGACGAGCUCUGAAGAGUCUGAGGAAGAAGAUGAUGAGAUGUACGACGAUGAAUACGAUGAAGAGAUGGACUAUGACGAGGAGCUACCAGAAGACGAUGGGGAGGUUGUGAGUGAUGAGGAUGAGAUUGAGGGCAUGGGGCCUAUUGAAGGUCUUCCUGGGGACAAUGGCAUGGACAUUGAAGUCGUCCUCGAUGAAGAUGACGAUGAGGACGAUGAGGACGACGAUGAAGAUGAUGAGGACGAUGACGUCUCUGAAAUGGAUGAUGACGAUAUUCUUGCCGGUGAAAUCACCGGUGACCAUGACAACGACAGUUUGGACGAAGGGGAUGAAGACGAAUGGGAAAGCGAAGAUAUGUCUGAAGAUGAUGAGGAAGCUGAGAUCAUGAAUCAAUUCGAAGACGAGCUCGACGACAUCCGACAAGCAGAUCAACGUGGCGAUGGGCAGCGGUUCGAUGACUUGUUCCGAGUCCUUAAUGAAGCUGCUGGUGGCGUUGAGGGACUUCAGGCUGAUGCCCUCGACGACAUGCAUGACGAUCUGGUCGAUGACGACUUGGCAGAGGAUGAAGAAGAUGAAGAAAUCGAUGAGCUGGAGGAGGAGCUCGAGGACGCCGAUGACGAUCAGGGUUCUUACCAGGGUUUCGAUGAUGAGGAAGAUCUCAUUGACCCAUGGGGAUGGGAUGGCGACGAUCAGGCACCCCGUGGACAUCACCAUCACCGAUUCCGUGGUACUCAACCAGCCUGGGCCGCUGUCACAGGAAUCAUGCCAAGUCGUCAUAAUAUCGUCCCUAUCCCUCCGUAUAGACUUCAUCGAACCCAAAUUGCUCCACGAGGUGGGGCUGACGAUGGGACAAAUCCUCUGCUUGUUCGUACUGACCGCGGCUCUGAAGCUGUUGGCCAACCUCGUGGACCCGGGAACGAGGCAUUCACUGACUGGGUUCAUGGCAUGGAGCCUGUUUCAACGGGCCGUCUUCUCCCCAUGGACAGUCCUGUGAGUUUUAUGAACGCGAUCAUGCAAGCUAUCGGAAACCAAGGGGCUCCAGGGUUCGGCGUUGUCACUCGCCCCGAUGGCAUCCACGUCCAUGUCGACAGACGGGCUAUUCUUCCCAACCGUAUUCAAGACAUUUUUGGGCUUGGUAGACAACAGGCCACACCCUCCCGGUCAAGAGAUGAUCCUUCACAGGCUGUGAGCUUUGCUCUGGCAACAACCAAAACCAGAUGGCAAGAGGAGGCCCGGAUCCUGUUUAGCAACAAUUAUGUUGAGAAAACCCAGCGGGUAAUCAAUUCCUUGUUGAAGAUCUUGGUGCCCCCUGCUAUUGAGGAAGGAAAGAGACUUGAGAAACAGGCGGAGGAGGAACGCAAACGGAAGGAAGAGGAGCGUGCAGAGCAUGAACGCCAGGAGCGUCUCGCUCGAGAGGAGGAGGAAAAGGAGCGCAAGCAAAAGGAAGAAGAAGAGAAUGUCAGGAGACAACAAGAGCUCGAACGUCAGGAAGCAGAGCGACGUGCUGCCGGCGUUGACACGGAGCCAAUGGAUGAUGUGCAGCAAACCGAUACGGUCGUGCAGACUACCGAUUCAGUCCAAGGCGAUACAAGAUCAGCGGAGCCUGCUCGCCGCGUGCACACAACAAUCAGAGGACGUCAAGUCGAUAUCACUGGAAUGGAGAUUGACCCUGAGUAUCUCGAAGCCCUACCCGAAGAACUAAGGGAGGAAGUGAUCAUGCAGCAGCUCGCAGAGCAGCGUUCCCAAGCUGCGGCUGCUGGCGAGGAGCCUACUGAAAUCAACCAAGAAUUCUUGGAAGCCUUGCCGCCGGAGAUUCGAGAUGAACUGCUACAGCAAGAAGCAGCUGAUCGUCGCCGCCGGGAACGUGACAAUACACGCAGGCGAGCUACCACGGAAGGCGCCCAGGUUCACGCCGGAGAGAUGGAUGUACCCGAUUUCUUCGCCACCCUCAACCCCUCCUUGCGACAAGCUAUUCUUGCUGACCAACCCGACGAAGUCCUUGCGACCUUGGGACCGGAGUACGUAGCUGAAGCUCGUGCUUUGCCUGGCAGACGCUUGGAGCAAUUUGAAGACAUUGCCAGAGUCGAACACCGCAAUAGGAAUGAACCAGCUGAUGACCAAGAGCCAAAGAAGCCGCAACGGCGUCAGAUUGUCCAGAUGCUUGACAAACCUGGCGUGGCUACAUUGCUGCGCCUCAUGUUCAUGCCUUUACAAGGUAAUGCCCGUCAUCAGUUGAAUGACAUUCUCCACAACGUAUGUGAGAAUCGUCAGAAUAGGGUUGAAGUCAUCAGUCUCCUACUCUCUGUCUUGCAAGAUGGAAGUGGGGAUGUUUCUGCCAUCGAACGCAGCUUCGCUCAGCUCUCACUCCGUGCCAAGCCAGCAUCUGUUCAGAAGACGCCUCAAUCUGUUAAGCGCAAUCUGUCGCUUCAGACCUCUUCAAAUGUCAGCAACGAGGUCACACCCACUAUGGUGGUGCAGCAAUGCUUGGGGACCCUGUCAUUCUUGUCUCAAUACAAUCCCCAUAUCUCGUAUUUCUUUCUCACGGAGCACGACUCAUCGUCUUCUCUCAAGCUUAAGGCGUUCCGCAAAGGCAAGGGAAAAGAGAAUAAGGCUAACAAGUUUGCGCUCAACGCACUGCUGUCUCUGCUCGACCGCAAACUUAUCAUGGAGAAUCCCAAUUGCAUGGAACAAUUGUCCAGUCUAUUGAGCAGCAUCACUCAACCUCUGACUUAUCUUCUUCGACGUGAAAAGGAGAGACAAGAGGAAGAGAGCAGAGGCAAGAAAUCCGAGCAACCGCAGAUUGAGCAAAGCACUAGCGAGCAACAGCAUAGCGCUACCACGGAACAUCCAGGCUCUACUGCAGAUGCUACGAUGAUUGAUGCUCCAGUUCCGACUAUUGAGACGACGCAGGCAUCGGUACAGGCUGAAGAAGAUGCGGGUAGUGCCACAGAUGACAAGGCAAAGAGCUUGGCCGAGGAAGAGAAGCACAAGAAGAAGAUUUACGAGCCACCGGUUGUGCCCGAUCACAAUCUACAGUUGGUGGUUCAUAUUCUUGCAGCUCGCGAAUGCAAUGGCAAGACAUUUAGAGAUACGCUUUCUACCAUCAACAAUCUGUCUGCUGUCCCGGGAGCAAGAGAUAUCAUUGGGAACGAGCUGGUCAGGCAGGCUCAGACUCUGAGUACAGUCAUUCUCACAGAUCUGGACGAACUCCUGUCGCACAUUCACCAAGCCCGAGAUGGUACCGACAUGCAGGGCUUGGCAUUGGCCAAAUUCUCCCCAGCUAGCUCCGAUCAGGCCAAGUUGCUGCGUGUUUUGACAGCGCUUGAUUAUCUUUUCGAUCCCAAUCGCGCAGACAAGGUCAAGGGCAGCGAGCCUGAAAACAAUGCUGCCAAAGAGGAUGUCAUGCAAACCUUGUACGAAUGCGCUACAUUUGGACCUUUAUGGACUAGAUUAAGCGAAUGCUUGACCGUCAUCCGACAGAAAGAAAACAUGCUGAACGUGGCGACUAUUCUUCUUCCUUUGAUCGAAGCUUUGAUGGUGGUUUGCAAAAACACCACGCUGAAAGAUACAUCCGUCUCGCGAACCAGCCGUGAACUUUCGGUAGCGAGCACUUCAGUUGACAAUGGUGUCAACAUGGAGAGUCUUUUCUUCAAAUUUACCGAAGAGCAUCGCAAGAUUCUGAAUGAACUUGUCCGGCAGAAUCCGCGACUGAUGAGUGGCACAUUUUCGCUUCUAGUCAAGAACCCUAAGGUACUCGAGUUUGACAACAAGCGCAACUAUUUCACUCGUCGCUUGCACUCCCGUGGUGCGGAGCCUCGCCAUCCCCAUCCUCCUCUUCAGCUAUCUGUCCGGCGUGAUCAAGUCUUCCUCGACUCGUUCAAGUCUUUGUAUUUUAAGACAGCGGACGAGCUCAAAUUUGGAAAGUUGAAUGUGCGCUUCCAUGGCGAGGAAGGUGUUGAUGCAGGUGGUGUGACUCGAGAAUGGUUCCAAGUUCUCGCGCGCGGCAUGUUCAAUCCUAACUACGCUUUGUUCAUCCCUGUUGCUUCGGAUCGGACCACUUUCCAUCCUAAUCGUCUUUCUGGUGUCAACUCUGAGCACCUAAUGUUCUUCAAAUUCAUUGGACGCAUCAUCGGCAAGGCUUUGUAUGAAGGCCGCGUCCUUGACUGCCACUUCAGUCGCGCCGUCUACAAAUGCAUCCUCAGCCGCUCAGUGUCCAUCAAGGAUAUGGAGACUCUGGAUUUGGACUAUUACAAGUCUCUUCUUUGGAUGCUCGAAAAUGAUAUCACGGACAUUAUCACUGAGACGUUUGCUGUGGAAACGGAUGACUUCGGUGAAAAGCAGGUGAUCGACCUUAUUGAGAAUGGUAGAAACAUCCCGGUCACUGAGGAGAACAAAGAGGAAUACGUGCAGCGUGUAGUCGAUUAUCGCUUGAUUGGGUCUGUCAAAGAGCAAUUGGACAACUUCUUGAAGGGUUUCCAUGAGAUUAUCCCUGCCGAUCUUAUUUCGAUCUUCAAUGAGCAGGAGCUCGAGUUGCUGAUCUCGGGUCUGCCUGAAAUCGAUGUCGACGACUGGAAGGUUCACACUGAGUACCAUAAUUACUCAGCCUCAUCGCCCCAGAUUCAAUGGUUCUGGCGUGCUGUCCGCUCCUUCGACAAAGAAGAACGUGCCAAGCUAUUACAGUUCGUCACAGGAACGAGCAAGGUACCAUUGAAUGGUUUCAAGGAACUCGAGGGUAUGAAUGGUGUUAGUCGAUUCAAUAUCCACCGAGAUUACGGCAACAAGGAUCGCCUGCCAAGUUCUCACACUUGUUUCAACCAACUCGAUCUGCCCGAGUACGAAAGCUACGAGACCCUGCGGCAACGUCUAUACACUGCGAUGACUGCCGGUAGUGAAUAUUUCGGGUUUGCAUGAAGUGACGGUGCAUAUCUAUCAUUUGUUCAUCUGACCAAUGGGUCAUGGUUCAACAUGCUUUUUCCGUCUCCCUAAUGCCGAAGCAUAUGAUGGCGUUUCCAUGAACUUUCCUCCGAACUAAUUUGUACAAUGCCGGGCUGAUGCUUAUGUUUUCAAGACAAUGGUGUGGCUUGACCAUAGUCUCUUUGACAAGUCCUCUGAAGUGCAGGUCAGACGACUCUGUUACAGAUGCUACUGGUCUCAGCCUACCUUCUUGUUAUCUUUUUCUUUUACAAUUUGUCAUUUGCAGUUUCUGUGUCCAGUGGUUCUUUUCUUCCGGCUUAUGUACUUUUGUGCCAUCAGCCAUGGUUAUAACAAUUUAAAUACUAUGUUGUAGUCUUCC